UCUCAGAGAGAACUGAGGCAUUUUCUGCUUUCCAUCUUUGCAGGGAUCCUGAAAGACUAUUUGCGUGAAUUACCCACUCCUCUCAUCACCAACCCACUCUACCAAGUGGUGCUGGAAGCCAUGUCCAAUCGGGCUGUGGGGCAGGAAGCGAAGGAGGCUUCAACAACAACGGCUCUUCUGGACUGCUUACCAGAAGCAGAGAAGGCUACCCUGACCAUGCUGCUGGACCACCUCAGCUUGGUUGCCUCUUUCCAUGCCUCAAACCGCAUGAACGCUCAGAAUCUCGCUGUGUGCUUCGGGCCCGUAUUGCUGAGCCAAGGUGCAGGAGGGGCAGGGGCCCGCAGCCCCCGCCUGCAGCAUCGCACCAUCACCAGCACCAUGGACUUCAAGAACCAUAUUGAAGUGUUGCAUUACCUACUUCAGGCUUGGCCAAGUGAAAGUUUGAGGACCCCUUGGCAAGAACAUCCAGAAAACAAGACUAUGGUGGUACGGCCAUGUCAUGAGAAGAGAACCAAUAUCAGGAACACGAACAGCACUGCAUUUGGAGAUUGCAGGACAGCAACCAUGGGGACAAAGAAAAGAUGGAUGGACACCAUCAACAAAGACAUGAGUGCUGCUAACCUGAGUCCCGAGGAUGCCCAAAUCAAAGCCCUGAGGAAACGACAGUCACAAUGCUAG